AUGGCACAAUUUGAUAAACAUCAGCUUGAGACAAGUGAUCAAGAAUUGUUUACUGAUUCAUUUAAUUUUUGUUGGGAACUUUUGAAAAGUAAAGAAUAUUAUCUCAGUGAACGUGAGACCGAUAUAUUUUCAAAGAUGUCAUUAAAUUAUGGCCAAGAUAUGUAUGAUGCCAUGAUGAUAAUUAUCAACAAAAUUAUAAAAUCUAAUGAACAUAAAUCAAAAGUUGAAUCCACAGAAAUUAUAACAGCAGAAGCCACUUGUGAUUCAGGUUAUGAUGAUAAUUGUGAUCAAUUGGAUCAACAACAAAAACAACAGCAAGUUGACAAAGUGAACAUUGACAUCGACAACAGUCAAGACAAGAUGAUAUUAGAAAAACGGAAAAUAUCAGUUGAUGAAAUUCAUUCAAAGAAGAUGUUCAAAGAAGAUAACAAAAACAAUAACUGUGAUGAUUCAAGCAAUGCUGAAAAUAUACAAAUUGAAAAAAAAUUAUUUACAAAAGACAAUAUAACCACUAAAGAUGAAAUCGUGUCAGAUGAUUUAAUUGAUGUUAAAAAAAUUAAUAAUUCGAACGAUCACUCAUAUGCACUAGAUAUAAAGUCAAAUGAAAUUUCCAAUUUUUCUAAAGAUAAUAAUCAAAGUUACUCGAAUGAAGUCAUUGAAAGUGUUGGUUAUCAAAUAAACACAAGAAUUCGUACUGGAUCACUUGCUCUUAAAAAAUAUAGUUUCCAUACAGAAGAAGAUGAUGAUCUAAGCUUUACCACAGACGAAAAUUACCUUGAUAAUGAUGAUAAUGUUGUAACAGCAGAAGCCACUUGUGAUUCAGGUUAUGAUGAUAAUUGUGAUCAAUUGGAUCAACAACAAAAACAACAGCAAGUUGACAAAGUGAACAUUGACAUCGACAACAGUCAAGACAAGAUGAUAUUAGAAAAACGGAAAAUAUCAGUUGAUGAAGUUCAUUCAAAGAAGAUGUUCAAAGAAGAAAAUCCAAAUUGGUCAUUAGAUUUGUUAAGAGAACGGAGUGGAUGUGGAGAUAUUAGACAUCGCCGUCAAGUUGAAGUGUGGAAAGAACACAUUGAACGAGGAGGAACUCUUCGUCAAAAAAUGAACGUGGAAGAAAAAUUAUUUACAGAACAAAGUAUAACCAUUAAAGAUGAAAUGUUGCCAGUUACAGAUGAUUCAAUUGAUGUUGAUAAAAUAAAUAACUCUCACGAUCACUCAAUUGGACUAGGAAUGAAGUCAAAUGAAAGUUCCAAUUCAUUUAACAAUAAUGAUCAAAGUUGCUCGAAUAAAGUCAUUGACAAUGUUGAUCAUAAAAAAAACACAAGAAUUAGUACUGGAUCACUUGUUCCUAAAAAAUAUAGUUUUAGUACAGAAGAAGAUGAUGAACUAAGCUCUACUGCAGACGAAAAUGAUCUUGAUGACAAUAAUAUUGAUUUAUGUAAUGUGGCAUAA